AAUAUCGUUCUUAGUCGGCCAUUUUGACCCCAGCGGUGUAAUUGAACAAACUCUGCAGAAAAGUACAAAAAUGUUGUCACGUUUCGUAUCAGCCAGAAGUUUCCAAGCUUUGUCUGUCUUGGGUCGAUCAUUCUCGACAACCCAGCAGGACAGUAACAAAGUGGUGAUCCUGGGAGCAAGUGGAGGUAUCGGACAGCCAUUGUCACUUUUAAUGAAAGAAAAUAAAAGAGUUUCUCACCUCGCUCUUUAUGAUAUUGCCCAUACCAAAGGUGUUGCCGCUGACCUUAGUCAUAUCGCUACCCCAGCAAAAGUUACGGGCCAUACAGGCCCUGAAGAACUUUCCGCAUGUUUACAGGGAGCUGAUGUUGUUGUUAUUCCUGCUGGCGUACCAAGAAAACCAGGCAUGACUCGUGAUGAUUUGUUUAAUACCAAUGCUUCAAUCGUCAGAGAUCUGAGUGAAGCUUGCGCAAGAAAUUGUCCGGAAGCUGUUCUUUGCAUAAUUUCGAACCCUGUUAAUUCAACCGUUCCUAUAGCAAGCGAGGUUUUUAAGAAGGCCGGGGUUCACAACCCUGAUAAGAUAUUUGGUGUGACAACUCUUGAUGUAGUCAGAGCAAAUACUUUUAUUGCAGAGGCUAAGAAUUUAGAUGUCAGCCAAGUUAAUGUUCCAGUUGUUGGAGGACACUCUGGAGUAACUAUUAUUCCUUUGGUUUCACAAGCAACCCCAGCUAUCUCCUUCCCUUAUGCGGAUCGAGGUCGUAUUAGCGAACGCAUUCAAAACGCUGGCACAGAGGUUGUUGAGGCAAAGGCUGGCACCGGCUCUGCCACUUUAUCUAUGGCAUAUGCAGGGGCUAAAUUUGUUAACUCUAUGUUAGGUGCAUUAAACGGACAACAAGGUAUCGUUGAGUGUGCCUACGUUAAAUCUGAUGAAACCGAAGCAUCAUACUUUGCUACACCUCUACUACUGGGCAAAAAAGGCUUAGAGAAAAAUUUGGGAUUGGGAAAAUUAUUGGAAUUUGAAGUUGAGCUACUAAAAAAGGCAAUGCCAGAACUUAAAGCUAACAUCAAGAAGGGUGAAGACUUUGUUAAUGGAAAUUAA